AUGGGCGGUACACGGCAGGUCUAUCUGUUGCCGCUGACAGACGGCGGUGCGCCGGAUAUUCCUGGCGGGUACAUCUACCUGCCACCUCCGACAACCCCCGCUUAUGUGCUACGCUUCGUGAUCGAAGAGGAGGGCGCAGAAUUUGAUCGAUCAAAAUUUCGCCAAUUCACUCUUCAACCGGACUUUAAUAAAGAUAUCCAUAUUGAUGUACCCAUAAACCAGGCGGGCGCCUUUGCUUUCUAUACCACCUACUCACCCCUCCCUGAAUUCACAGCGACCUCCCUUCCCUCGCAAAAGCAAGAGAAGAGCGAAGUUCACUAUGUCGAUGUGUCGCCGGCAUUGUACCUGCGGGGUGCGGACUUGCCCUUGGAUGCCCUUUCUAUAUUCUCAGUCAUAUCCAAAUUCAUGGGAAAAUACCCGACGGACUGGGAUAGUCACCUACGUGGCAUAUCGCAGCGAAAUUACAACAUGAUCCAUUUCACACCGCUAAUGCAACGCGGCUCGUCUAAUUCACCGUACAGUAUCUACGACCAGAUGCAAUUCGAUUCGGAUUCGUUCCCCAAUGGCGAAAAGGAUGUUGCGGAGUUGGUGGAGAAAAUGAGCAAGGAAUACGGUCUAUUAGCUUUGACGGACGUCGUCUGGAACCACACUGCAAACAACAGCAAAUGGCUCGAGGAACAUCCCGAGGCUGGUUAUAACGUGGAAACCGCACCGUGGUUAGAAGCAGCUCUUGAACUUGAUACUGCUUUGCUCAACUACAGCAAUGACCUGGAGAAACUCGGCCUGCCGACGGAGUUUCACACCGUGGACGAUCUGUUGAAAGUGAUAACGGGAAUGCGCAAGCAUGUAAUUGAUGCGAUCAAGUUGUGGGAGUUCUACGUCGUGGACGUAAAGGGGAAUGCUGCUCGAAUUUUGAAAGAGUGGACGACCAGCUCAGCGACGGAACCCAUUGAGGGUGCUCAAUCGUGGACUUUGAAGCAAAAAGCAGACUUCAUCCGUCAAAGCGCCCUUCCGAAUGCUUCUCGAAUUCUUGGAAGAUUUGAUAGGCAGGUGGAUGAGAAGGAAGCUUCACGCUUGCUUACUGCCCUGUACGGAUCGAAAGACACAGCAGACAGCUCCGCAGUGGAAUCGGAAAUAGGCCACAUUCUCGACGAGGUCAACCAACCGUUUUAUGAAGAGUACGACGCAGAUGUCAAAGUUAUUCUGGAUCAAUUACUCAACCGCAUCAAGUACGUCAGGAUUGAUGACCAUGGUCCAAAGCUGGGACCUGUGACCAAAUCCAGUGCUCUGAUUGAGACCUAUUUCACACGACUGCCUGCCAAUGAGACAACUAAGCGCCACAAUCCCAAGUCCUUGGCAUUGGUCAACAAUGGCUGGAUCUGGAAUGCCGAUGCUAUGAAAGACAACGCCGGGCCGGAUUCGCGAGCAUAUCUCCGGCGAGAAGUCAUCGUGUGGGGUGAUUGUGUCAAGCUGAGAUACGGAUCUUCCCCUGAGGAUAACCCUUUUCUCUGGGAGUAUAUGGCCAAAUACACGCGGCUCAUGGCCAAGUACUUUUCUGGUUUCCGGGUAGAUAACUGCCACUCUACCCCUUUGCCUGUGGCCGAGUAUCUUCUUGAUGAAGCGCGCAAAGUUCGACCUAACCUUACUGUUUUUGCGGAGCUUUUCACCGGUUCUGAAGAGACUGACUACGUUUUUGUGAAACGUCUGGGUCUAAGCGCAUUGAUUCGAGAGGCUAUGCAAGCAUGGAGUACCGCUGAAUUGAGUCGUCUGGUUCACCGACACGGAGGUCGACCCAUUGGAAGCUUUGAGCUAGAUUUACCCACAGGAUCUUCUCCGGCGUCGAACGAGCAGGAGACCAUCGCAAAUAUUCGCCAAAGUCCUGUUCAUGCACUCUUCAUGGACUGUACGCACGACAAUGAAGUUCCAGCUCAGAAAAGAGAUGCAAGAGAUACAUUGCCAAAUGCUGCGUUGGUUGCAAUGUGUGCUUCUGCUACUGGCAGUGUUAUGGGUUAUGACGAGAUAUACCCUAAACUCAUUGAUCUUGUUUCUGAGACUCGUUUGUAUAAUUCCAAAUGUUCAGAAAGUGCGACUCUUGAGGUAGGACCCGGCGAGGGUGGAAUAGGUGGAAUCAAGAAGCUUCUAAACGAGCUUCAUACGAAGAUGGGCAAGGAAGGGUAUGAUGAAACAUAUAUCCAUCACGACGGAGAGUACAUCACAGUUCAUAGAGUGCAUCCGAAGACACGGAAAGGUAUCUUCUUGAUUGCUCAUACUGCAUUCCCUGGGAAUGGCAACGGAAACGGUAUUCUAGCACCAACUCACUUCACUGGAACUCAUGCCAAGCUGCUCGGAAGCUGGAAACUCGAAGUUGACGUUAGCGACGAAUCUCGGAAGAAUGUUUUGGAAGACCAGAGCUCUCUACGAGGUCUACCUAGUAAGGUGAUCGGCGUCGAAGGUGCCACGGUCAGCAUCAAUGGAGACGACGCGGAUGUGACUGUUACUGAGUAUCUGGUCCCUGGUUCAAUUGCCCUGUUCGAGACCUGGACCCCAAGCGCCGAACAUGCAGAUGGUUUCGAUCACUACAUCACCAGCGGCGCUGACCAGGCUUUCUCAAAACUCAAUCUCAUCGAUCUCAACUUUUUCCUCUAUAAAUGCGAAGCUGAAGAACGGGAUUCUAGCAAUGGACAAGAUGGGGUAUACAGUAUCCCGAAGCAUGGCCCGCUAGUCUAUGCUGGUCUCCAGGGUUGGUGGAGUGUACUUGAGAACAUUAUCAGAUAUAACGAGCUGGGACACCCACUGUGCGACCAUCUUCGUCAGGGACAGUGGGCAUUGGAUUACAUCGUUGGCCGUUUAGAGCGAGCAAGCAAGCAAGAAAUGUAUACCAAUCUCGAAGCUCCAGCAGCUUGGCUACGAACACGUUUUGAUGUGGUCCGAACAUUGCCUAGCUUUCUCCUGCCACGAUACUUUGCUAUCAUUGUCCAAAGUGCGUUCACGGCUGCAUGGAGACGCGGUAUUCAGCUGUUCAGCAAAAACGUACAACAUGGCCAGCAAUUCAUCCACCAAUUAGCCAUGGUCAGCGUCCAGCAAGUCGGCUACGUCAAAUCGGCAUCCUUAUGGCCAAGUAAGAGCGUGCCAAGUCUUGCUGCCGGUCUUCCACAUUUUGCUGUGGACUGGGCACGAUGCUGGGGUCGUGAUGUAUUCAUCUCCCUCCGCGGUUUGCUCCUUUGUACUGGCCGUUUUGACGAGGCCAAAGAACACAUCAUUGGUUUUGCAAGCGUUCUCAAACACGGCAUGAUUCCUAAUCUGUUGAGUAGUGGUAAGCUACCACGAUACAACUCUCGAGACUCGGUUUGGUUUUUUUUGCAGGCUAUCCAGGAUUACACGAAGAUGGUACCUGAUGGAAUCAAGAUUUUGGAUGCAAAGGUUCCUCGACGAUUUCUGCCUUAUGAUGAUACCUGGUUCCCAUAUGACGAUCCACGUGCAUACUCUAAAACAUCCACAAUUCGCGAAGUUAUCCAAGAAGUCUUCCAACGUCAUGCAUCGGGCCUUAGCUUCAAAGAGUACAACGCCGGACCUGCGCUAGAUGUUCAAAUGAAACCAGAAGGGUUCCAGAUCGACGUCAACGUAGAUUGGGACACCGGGAUUAUAUUCGGCGGUAGUCAAUUCAAUUGCGGUACAUGGAUGGAUAAAAUGGGCGAAAGUGAAAAGGCAGGAAGCAAAGGAAUCCCAGGAACACCGCGAGACGGUGCCGCCAUUGAGAUUACUGGUUUGUGCUAUAGUGCAUUGAAAUGGGUCGAGGAACUUCGCACAAACGGACAAUACGAACAUGAGGGAGUCUCAGCCGCCGACGAGAAGUCUAUUACAUUCGCUGAAUGGGCGUCAAAAAUCAGAUCCAACUUUGAGCGAUGCUACUACAUUCCGGUAAACAGCACGGACGACAACAAGUAUGACGUUGACUCCUCUCUCGUGAACAGACGAGGCAUCUACAAGGAUCUAUACAAGUCUGGUAAACCCUAUGAAGACUACCAACUCCGUGCCAAUUUUCCGAUCGCCAUGACCGUUGCCCCCGAACUAUUCAACCCAGAACACGCACUACAAUGUCUCUCAGUCGCCGACUCCGUCCUUCUAGGGCCCACCGGCGUUGCCACACUUGAUCCAUCUGAUUUUAAUUAUCGACCUAACUACAACAAUUCCGAAGACUCGACUGAUUUUGCAACCUCAAAGGGAAGAAAUUACCACCAAGGACCGGAAUGGCUAUGGCCUCGCGGGUUCUUCUUACGGGCACUGUUGCAUUUCGAUCUUCUACGACGGAAGACAGCGCAUGAGCGUACAGAGACUUUCCAGCAGGUUACAAGACGGCUCAAGGGGUGCAAAGUUGCUCUCAAGGAAAGUCCGUGGAAGGGGUUGACGGAGUUGACGAAUAAGGAUGGAGCUUAUUGCGCAGAUUCGUCUCCUACUCAGGCUUGGUCUGCUGGAUGUUUGCUUGACGUGUAUUACGAUGCUGCCAAGGUAGCGUCGGAGUGA